UCAAAGAAGCUGCACGCCGUGCUCAAGCUUUCGUUGUUGAUUUAAUCAUUUUUUAGUUUUAAACCAUUUUUAUAAGUAACAAGUACAACAAUAUUUUAACACUUGUGUACAUAUAGCCAAUAGUGAAGCAUAGUUAAUUAAUUAAACCGUGAAUUAUAGUAUAAAUAAUAAUUGUGAUAGGCUGUGAUUUUAUUAUUUAAAUAUGGCGUCGCAUUUGGCUUACAAUUAUGAAGAACGUGGACAUCGUAUUACCUCAAGACAUCGAGUUAUUCCUGGUUCACAUAAGCCUACUGAUUCCAUUUGUGCAAAUACAAGAUACUACGCAGGAAAUGGAGGUGGAGGAGGAAGUGACAUAAGUGAAGAAGAUCUUACAGAUUUGCCAUCUUGUGCCUAUGCAGGCCGAUCUACGCAACAUGUGGCGGCUCAUACUUCACCCCAUAGCCAUACACACUUGCCCUUACAAUAUAACAUGCCACUGUCAACACAAGAUCAUAACGACAAUGACUUGAAUGGAUUUGAAGAAGGUUACUAUCCCAAUGGCAGUCCAUAUAGAAUUCAGAGAAACGCUGCAAAUAUCAGGGAACGUCGACGGAUGCUUAGCAGCAUAAACUCGGCUUUCGAUGCACUGAGGGGCCACGUGCCGACGUUUCCCUACGAAAAAAGAUUGUCAAAAAUCGACACCUUGCGAUUGGCAAUAGCGUACAUUGCACUGCUGACAGAAGUUCUGAAAGUCAAAAAUGUUGAUCCUUUGACGUACAUCGAAAUGUGUCUCAGAGGUGAAAUGAGUGGUGAACGCGCUGAAUGGAACACAAGUGAUCUCAUGGCUCGUUUAGCUUGGAUAAAUUGGGAAAAUCUGGGCGUUAAUCCAAACCGACGUUCGUCUCUUACCACGCUUACUUUCACUACUGACAAUUUAAAUUGAGUAUUAGUGGAUGAGCAAGCUAAAUUGAUUUGUUUUCUAUUUAUAAUUUGCAAUGUAAAUAAUGUAUCGGUAUCCGAAAAAAGAAAAAAGUUAUUGUAAACUAUAUAUGCAUAUAUAGUUAACGUGCAAUAUAAGCAAAUUAUAUAUAUAUAAUUAUAAAUUUCGUAUUCGUGUACCUGUAUAAAAAGGCGAUUUAUAUUAGUUAGUGUAAGUAGAAAUUU